AUGAGCACUGCGGAGAUGCAUGGCGAUCUGCCCUCGCGUGAUUCCCCACAUUCUUCCCGAUCUCGUCGUCGCAGACAGGAGUAUCGUCUCGGCGAGGGAAGACUCGUGAUAGCAUCUUGGUGCUUUAUGCGUGGAUUUUCCGGGCGGAGGGAUGAUGACCUUUUCUUGUUUCUCAACUACGGGAUAUCUUCCUCGAGGCGAUGUAAUUUUCAGCGCGAAGGAAGACAUCCUUCAGGUUCGGAAGGAUCGAAUGUAGAAGUCUUCACGAAACUUAGACCGGUACCAGAGCCCGUUUGGAGGGCUUGGAUGAGCGCUGUUCUGCGAUCGGGGGCUCACCCGGGGUCUCGUCAAGGUCGAGAGCGUGCUUUUGAAUCUGUCGAGGUAGCUUUGCAGUGGUUCGUCCUCGAGUUGUAUUUUCGAACAGAUUGGAGAGCUUUUUGGUGUUAA